AUGGGAUGUGAGUCUUACGCGGAAAAUGGAAGAGAUUGGUUCGAGUCGGCAGUACGGGAAGUACGGGCUGGUAGGACGUGCGGGCUCGUCGAGCACGGAGCAGGCAGCGCGUGCGUGCGAGUGGCCGGCGCCGCUGUGGUUUCUGGCGCGGGCACUGGGCCGCCAGUGCGUCUCGCUAUGGUGCCAGCUCACCAGACCCUCGCCGCCGUCCGAGCCCUCCCUUCAGACGUUCCCUUUAUGAGCAACAUGGACGAAAUAUCCUAUUGGAUUUGUACUAAACGGGCACCGUGCCUGAUGAACUAUGACAAUGUCAAAAAACAAGAUGAGCAAGCACAGUGUUCCAAAAAUAAACCAAAAAGUGUUCCUAGUGCUGCCGAGGUGCCUUCGCCUAAAAAGAAAAAGAAGAGGAAGCUCUCUUUGUUAGAAGAUGACUCAGGUUCUGCUAAUAAACAACAAAAUGUUUACUUUGAAACAUCUCAAAAGCAAAAACAGACUGUGAUGAGUAGUUGUAAGUCUGACACUCUAGGCUCAGAUAUAGACUUCAACAUUAAAAAUACUUCAGUGCAAGGUAAAGCAAAGAGAUCUAAACAGCAAAAAAAUAACAGAACAACUGUUCACAAGAAGAAUAAAGUGGUGACAUCUACACCCAAGGUGACCAACCUGAGGCGGAGCUUGAGGCAAGCUCAACAGAGUCUGAAUAACAGCCAACUUAAUAGUUCCUUUGAAAUAUUUAAUAAUAGUCUUGUUAACGGCAAUAAACAUAGUGAAAUAGAGCAGAAAUCCCCUGAUAAACUGAAGAAACCAGAAUUACUGGCUGGUGGGGAUCAAACUGCGGACGGUAAGAAGAACACCAAUGUCAACAAACACAAGUCAAAGAAUGAAGUCUUGAAUGGACAAUUUGAAGACCUGAGUGAUGUUUCUGGCUUUACAGCAAACUACAUCAGGUCUACUAAACUGCAUUCUACUAAAACUCCUAGAAAAUUAAGAUGCAAAAAUAGUAAAAACCUUGUCAAAGAAUCACAGCAAAGCGGAGAAAAAGAUAAUACAAUGGUUGUUUGUAUGAACAAGUCUGUGAACACUGGAGUUCACAAACUGUCACCACUCAACUGCAGCACAGAGUCAGAGAAUGUGAUUAAUUUGAUAAGCAAGAGUAUUGACAAGUCUCCCAAAGUUACGAAGAGCACAUCUUUGCUCAAAUUCAUAGAUGCAAAGGCGGGGAAAAGUGCUAAGGAGGCUGUUGACAAUAUUAAGGCAGAUGGGAGUAGAACAAGAGGCAGAAUGAACCUGAAUGUAUCAUUCCAGUCCCAGAGCACCACAUCACGGUAUCCAAAGCGUUGCCGGAAUCAAACCACAACAGAUGUUGUAGAAAAUACAGGAGAUAGUGACCUGGUUGACAAGAGAAGAAAGAUCAGUAAAAAUUCAAGUGAAUUCAAUAAUUCUGAUCGAAAAGAGAAUCCUGAGGCUGCAGUAGUAUCAAGGACUAGAAGUGGAAGGAAUAUUGGUUUGACGUUGAGACAUCCAGAGAACUCAGUUUUAGUGCUUAGUAAUUCUACAGAACAAGUCAGUUCCAUGGUCAGCAUGAAUGUGGCCAGUCCGGGUGAAGACCAGAGAGAUAAACUGAAAAAGAAGAGACGCAUUACAAGGCACUUACGUUCAAAGAAAGUUGUGGACAAACAAACUAGUUUACAAAGAGACUCUCUAAGAGACAGGAGUGGGUUUGCUGCUUGCUUCUCAGACAGUGACGAUGAUAGUGAACCACUUAAGCAAAGGAAAUUCUUCUGUGCUUGA